AUGGCCGCUGUAGUUGCUCAGUCUCGUUUUAUUUUCGGUUUGCGGACCGGUGUGAAAAACGGUUUGUGUUUCUGUGACGAAGAGACGCUCGUGUUCCCCAGCGGGAACAGCUGUGUUUGCUACAACACCGUCCAGAGGAGUCAGAGGUUCAUUUCAGCGGGAACAGCUGUGUUUGCUACAACACCGUCCAGAGGAGUCAGAGGUUCAUUUCAGGGGGAAUUUUACAACAUUGGGAAGCACCAGGAGCCUCCGUUCUCCCCUGCAGACUUUUCCCUGCCGCCCCAGAUCGACAGAAUGUUGUACAUCGGCAUGUCUGUCUUCACCGCCAACUCUGCAGCCUUCGUCUAUAACAAAGCAGGAGCCCUCAGCCUGUACAUCACCGACGACAUGAUCCCACAAGGCUCUCCUUUCCGACUCAACACCAAAACAUUUGGAAUCUUCAUCCCACAGAUUGCGAAGCAAUUUCCAGGUCUGAUGAUGAAACUGUUGGUGAAGACAGUGAAAGAUCCCAUCAUUACUUUUCAACCCAACAACGUGACGGUUCAGGCCACCGCCACAGUGACAGCCUACGCUAUCCAACCCAACGCCACACUUGCCCCUCUUUUUGUUCUAAACUUGCAUGAGCAGGGCAGAAAGAGGAAAGUUCUGACUGCAGGAGAUAUGCUGGUUCAAGAGUUUGUAUGCAUGGCUUUCUCCCCUGACUCCAAGUACCUGAUAGGUCAGGCAGGGGGCCCAGAGUGGAUGCUGAUCUUCUGGCUUUGGGAGAAACACAAAGUCCUGGCAACAGUGAAGACAACAAGCUCCAACAAUCCUGUUACCCAGGUCAGCUUCAACCCUUAUAACAACAUGCAGCUCUGUGUGAUUGGAAGUGGUGUGUUCAAGCUGUUCCGCUACUCGGAGGGAGCCAUAAAACAGAGCAGCUUUGCAAAGGUGGAGUCUAUCAACUUCCUGUGCCAUGCCUGGAUGUCGGAGGAGAGGGUGAUUGCUGGGACGGACACAGGCAGGCUGCUGGUGUUUGAGUACGGAGACCUGCGAAGGGAGGUCAAGGCGACAUCUAAGGCUGUGCAGGGACAGUCUGACAGGCAAGUGGAGAUGAAGAAGAUGACAGACUCGGAUGUGGAUGAAAGUCCCGCUGUCCCUCGCAUCACAGCCAUCCUGUCCUACUCCAAGGGUUUUGUGUGCUCUGUGGGUCCUGGCACCGUCUGUCUGUUUGAAAAGACAGAGGAAGACAGUUACAGAAAGAGUAGGGAGGUGAAGAUCCCUCCAUGCAGAAAUGAUUUGAACCCAGCAGAAUGCCAAGAGGUUUACACCAUGUGCAUCAGUCCAGCAGAAGAGACUCUGGCCAUCAGCACUGACCGAGGACAGCUGUAUGGUGUCAGUCUGUCCUCUGUGGACAUGAACAAGGAGGAGCAACUGCAUUUUGAGUUUCUGUCCCAGCCCUUCCACUCCGACUCCAUCACUGGUUUGUCCAUCUGCAUUCGCAAGCCCCUCGUAGCCACCAGCUCUCUGGACCGCUCUGUCCACAUCUGGAACUAUGAGACCAAAGUGUUGGAGCUGUACAAGGAGUUCCAGGAGGAGGCGCACAGUGUAGCUCUACACCCCACUGGCCUCUUCAUCCUGGUGGGCUUUUCAGACAAACUCAGGCUGAUGAACCUGGUGAUCGAUGACAUCCGCGCCUUCAAGGAGUUUACUGUACGCAGCUGCCAAGAGUGUGCUUUUAGCCACGGUGGCCACUUGUUUGCAGCAGUCAGUGGAAACAUCAUUCACAUCUACUCUGUGACCUCUUUUGAGAAUAUCCUCAGUCUGAAGGGCCACAACGGAAAGGUACGUGGCAUUAAAUGGAGCCUGGACGACAGCAGGCUGGUGUCGUGUGGGAUGGACGGUGCAGUGUACCAAUGGAAUACACAGACCGGCAAGCGGGAGUCUGAGAGCAUUCUCAAAUCCUGCAGCUAUACAGGUGUUGCCUUCUCAGCAGAUUGCAAGACUAUCCUGGCUGUGGGCACAGACCUCACACUGAAGGAGAUCCAAGAUUGUCAGGUCCUUAAGGAGGUUCCUGCUGAUGAGGUAGCUCACACUGCUCUCGCAGUGUCUCACUCUGGUAGGGUGGUCUUCACCGGGACCGCCAGUGGAACGAUCAGGGCCAUUAAAUACCCACUACCUAUCCAGAAGGAUUGGAUCGUGUACCAGGCUCACUGUGGACCUGUCACCAAGAUGGCGAUCACAUACGACGAACAGUUUCUCCUGACAGUGUCUGAGGACGGCUGUCUCUUGGUGUGGACAGUCAUCGAUAAGGAGGGCCGAAGACUGAAGAGCAAUACGCAGAUCGUCCACACAGAGGAGAUCCUUGUCACCAAGUCAGACCUGGAGGAGAAGAGCCAGAACAUGCUGGAGCUGAAGAUGCGUCUGGAGGAGCUGCAGAUGGAGAGCGAGUACCAGCUCCGCCUGAGGGACAUGAACCACAACGAGAAGCUCAAGGAGCUUUCUGACAAGUUUAGCCAGCAAAUAGAGCUUUUGAAAACAACACAACAGAGCAUGAAGACAGAGAUGGAAAAGCAGAGUCGUGAGAACCAGGAGAAUUCUGUAGAGGUUGCUAUGAAACACUCAAAGGAGCUGAAGGAUUUAGAGUCAUCCUGCAGCCAGAAGCUGAUUGUGGAGCACGAGAAGUACCAGGAUCUUCAGCAAAAAUAUGAAAGAAUGCAGAAGGAAUAUGAAAGGCAGCUGAAGUCUGCAGAAGAGCACAAAACCCAGGCACUGGAGUGUCUCACACAGCAAUGUGAGAGCAAGCUGCAGGAAAAGACUCAGCUCUUGGCUCAGUGUCAGGGGGACGCCCAGCAGCAGAUCCGGACAUUUAAAGAGAUCAUAAAGCAAACAGAGGAAACCGAGGAGGAGAUGAUCAAUGACAUCCAAAUCAAGUAUGAGAAGAAACUGUUCACUGAGAAAGAGAUCAACACAAAUCUGAAGGGAGAAAAUGCUAUCCUGACACAAAAGUUCUACGGUCUACAGAGACAGAUUGAUGACAGGUGCACUGACAUUACCAAGCUAAAGCAGGAGCGGCAGAGGCUGCUGGAGUUGAUCCGCUCCCUGGAGAGCGAUAUCGAGGACCUGAAAAGGCAGAUCUCUGGACAUGAGAAGACCGGCCAGGACAAGGAUAACACCAUCUCUGGCUUGAAGAAGAAGAACCAGGAACUGGAGAAGCUGAAGUUUGUUCUUGAAUUCCAGCUGAGCGAGUUAAAGAAGCAGACUGAGCCUCAACGAGAUGACAUAGAAGAGAAAAAGGAGAGGAUCCGUCAGCUGGAGGAGGCGCUGUUCCAAACCGAGAAGAGCAACACUCAGCUGCAGCUCACUGUCUCUGACCUGAGACUCAAACUGAAGACCAGAGAUAAAGAGAUGCACAAAGAGAUGCAGAAAGUGACAGAUUUGGAGACACAUCUUCAGCGACUCAGGUCAGACCUCCAUAACUGUGUUAGUUUCAUCCAGGAUCCAAAAAAACUGAAAGACAGUGUAAAGAGGAUUUACACCAAGUAUGUCCAGCAGACUGAUGAGGUGGAGAAAAGCAGUUUAGACGAUGAUAUUCAGAAGACAUUUCGCAAACACUGUGAUCACCUGGAGGAGACUAUUACUAGUCUUAAGAACAAGCUGGCCUUAUCCGCUGAGGAGCACGAGAAAGUCUACGUCAAAAUCAUGAAGGAGAACAUGACUCUGAUCACUGAAAUCAAUGAAUUGCGCAAGGAGCUGCAUUUGCUGAGGACUCAGGUUAAAGACUACAAAGUUCAGCUGGCCGCCCUGAAGAAGAAGAAGUCACAUCCCAACCCAGAGGAAGGAGCCCCAAAGGAGCCCAAACAGAAAGACAUUCGCUCACCACAACCUCCAUCAGCAGAUUUUUAA